UUUUUUUUUUUAAAAAAAAAAUAUUAAUAAUACAAAUCAUGUUUUUACGUUCUUCAUGGAAAUAUUCUCCUAUUAUAAAACGUACUUUUUAUUCAACAACUCAAUGUCAACAACAUAUACCCGAAAAAGUCCUUUUUUUAGACGAAAAAGCUUUAGCUGCACUCGAAACUGAUCUUACUUCUAAUACAGAUCUAAAUAUUCAACUUCAAGAAUUACCACAAUCGACGCAAGAAUACACUCGAGGUUCUAUUGAAGCUGAUUUUGGUCGAAAACGUAUUGGAUGUGUCGAUCUACCUUUACCUUUGAUCCAAGCAAUCACCAAACUCAUCAAUCAACAACCUGAUAAACGACUAGUACGAACUGAUGCCUUACGAUUAUAUGAAGCUUUACGAUCCACUUCUAGAUUACCUUCAACAGAAGAUUCAUCUCGUCAUUCAUCAAGAUCAACAAAGAAACAAGACCCGUCUACUGUUCAACAACAACAACAGACAGAUCCUCAUAUACUUUCUUAUGGACCUCGUGAAUCUGCUGCUUAUGCUGCUGGUGUCUUACCUUCUACUUUUGCUGCUAUUACUAAUGUUUUGAUUGAACUCAAAAAUCGACUAUCCAACUAUUCUCCUACUUCUAUGCUUGAUUUUGGUACUGGACCUGGAACAGCAAUAUGGGCGGCUCGAAAUGUAUUUGAUGAUUUAGAUAAAAUCACUGGGGUGGAUUUAUCUGAAGAUAUGCUUCGUACAGCUGAAUUUAUUGAAGAUGCAAGUCAGACGAAGAAAAAUGUCGAAUUUAAACGAUACUUGGCUUAUGAUCCUCGCCAACCAAAAACGGAUUUAGUGGUGAGCGCAUUCACAUUGGGUGAUAUUUCUUCUUUGGCCUUACAAAAAUCGACAGUUCAACAAUUAUGGGAUCAAACAGCAGAUGUUUUGGUAUUGAUUGAACGUGGAACUCCUGUUGGUUUUUCAAAUAUUGCACGUGCUCGCCAGGUUAUCCUUGAUUAUGAAAAAGAAAAAGUUCAUGUAGUUGCACCUUGUCCACAUGAUAAACCUUGUCCAUUACUCUAUUCCCCUCAAGCUAAUCCUGACAAAUUCUGGUGUCAUUUCUCUCAACGUGUACAACGACCUUCCUUCUUGAUGAAAACAAAACAUUCAAAAUUCAAUACGGAAGAUUCCAAAUACUCUUAUGUCAUACUUCGAAAAGGAUCAAGACCAAUAAAUAAUUCAAUGGAAGGACAAGCCUAUCAUUGGCCUCGAUUGAUUCAACCACCUUUGAAAAAGAACAAACAUGUGGUGAUGGAUCAAUGUGCAUCCACAGGCACAAUUCAACGUAUGGUGAUUCCCAAAUCUCAAGGCAAAGUACCAUAUCGAGACGCAAGAAAAUCCGCUUGGGGUGAUGCAUUUCCUCAUGGGUCAAAGAACAAAAUCGUGACACGGAUCAGUGAAGGGAUUCUUGAUCAAUAGGAUAGAUGAUAUGUAUAUAUUUUUAUAUUGUCACAGUUGUUGUAAAUAAAAGAAUAGAAGAUUUGAUGAAAAUCAAAAAAAAAAAA